CUGAGCGGGACUUUUAUGUUGGUGAGGCGGCGUGACGUCAUAAGGCUGCGCCGCGCUCCUGCAGCUGAGAUUCUGCUAAAGAAAGAGAAACUCCUGCUGAAGCACACUGUUAUAAAGAUGGAGUUUAUUAAAGAGGAGACUGAAGACGUGGAGAUUGAAGAAACACUCAAACAUGAAGAUACUGACGAACACACAGAGAUAGCGUUUAUUAAGACUGAGGACAUGAAGAUUGAAGCAGCUUUCACACUCAGAUAUGAAGAUCUGGAGGAUAACCAAACAGAGAUGGAGUUUAUUAAAGAGGAGAGUGAAGACGUGAAGAUUGAAGAAGAUUUCAGAGUUGAACAUGAAGACACUGAGACACAAACAGACCUGAUGACACUGAAAGAGAAGAGUCGAGAACUGAAUGAAACCGAAGAAAAAAGUCAGACUGAGAAAUGUCAUGAUGUCACGGCUGAGGAAAAAUCUUUUAGUUACUCUCAGACUCGUAAAAGAGAAACUAGAAAGCGUAAAGUCCAGACGAGAGUUCACACUAAAGAGAGACCGUUCACCUGUCAACGCUGUGGAAAGAGUUUCUGUCGAAAACAAACCCUUAGACGUCACUUGAAAACCCACAAACGCAAACCUUUUACCUGCAAACGGUGUGGGAAGGGUUUCAAACUAAAAAGUUUUCUUAAGACUCACAUGAGAGUUCACUUCGUUGAAAAGCUGUUCAUAUGCUUUCAGUGUGGAAAGAGUUUCAGUCAAAAAGAGAGUCUUAAUGGCCACAUGAGAAUUCACACUGUAGAAGGCUCUUUCACCUGCAAACUGUGUGGAAAGAGUUUCAAACAUAAAAGAAGCCUUAAGUAUCACAUGAGUAUUCACUCUGGAGUGGAGCCGUUCAUAUGCCCUCACUGUAAAAAGAGUUUUACACUGAAAAAGAAACUUGCAACCCAUUUGAGGAUUCACAACAGAGACAAUCCUCACACCUGCAAACUUUGUGGGAAGAGUUGCACAUCAAAUGCUCAUCUAAUGUCUCACAAUAGAGUUCACACCAGAGAGAAGCCUCACACCUGCGCACUGUGUGGGAAGGGAUUCACACAAAAUGGCCAUCUGAUGAUUCACAUGAGAGUUCACACCGGAGAGAAGCCUCACACCUGCGCACUGUGUGGGAAGAGUUUCAAACAUAAAAGAAGUCUUAAGCAUCACAUGAGUAUUCACUCAAGAGAGAAGUGUUUUAGAUGUCAUGUGUGUGAAACAAGUUUCACUGACAAGAUUCACCUUAAGAAUCAUGUACAAAAUCACAUUGGGGAGAGGCCUUGCAUGUGCCAUCACUGUGGAAAAAGUUUCACAAACAAAGCAUAUCUUCAGUCUCACAUAAGAUGUCACACUGGAGAGAAGCCUUUCACCUGCCCUCAGUGUGGAAAGAGCUUCACGGUUAAAGGAAACCUUAAGAUUCACAUGAGAGUUCACACUGGAGAGAGGCCUUUCCCCUGCCCUCAGUGUGAAAAGAGUUUUAAAAUGAAAGGGCACCUUAAUGUUCACAUGCGACUUCACACUGGAGAGAAGCCUUACAAGUGUCCUCAGUGUGACAUGAGUUGCUCAUAUCACAUAAGCCUGAAACAGCACUUGCAAACUCAUUCUGGAAAUAAUUCCUAGUUUUCCAUGUGACAAAAGGUUUAGAAAUAAUGCAUUCGCUUUGGAGAAAGUUCAAUUGUAAUUGGUGUAAUAAAAAAGUCAGACUUACAAAUAAAUGAAUAUUCAUUCAAUUGUGACCCUGUUUGUGUUCUUUGUAAAAAAAAGAAAAAAAAAAAGUACCCUUACAAAAAGUAUGUUCAAAACCGCUAUUAAUAUACUUAUUUUCACAUAAGAAUAAAAAGUAAUAGCCUCCCUUUAAAAAAAUAAAAUUUGUUGGUAAAAUGAAGUUUUUGUUUUAUCCAGCUGUAUUUACUGUAGUAUAAAUAGCCACAAGCGGGGAUCAUCGGGGUCCAAGCACAACCCAUUGGGCAAUUGAUGUUGAAAACACAUCACAAAAAAAUAGGUCAGAUAAGCAAAUCCAACUGAUGUCAAAAACCUGAAAAGACAUUGAUUUGAUGUAAAUUUAACGUCAAACAAAUUGGCCUACUUAAACAUUAAACCAAUUUCAUUGUAGGAUUAACUUCCUAAUAUCACCUAGUUACCACUGGAAGAAUUUGCUGUCCAAAGGGAAUUUAAAAUGAUGUUACAGCAUCGUCAUCAGCAGGGGCACUUUAAUUAUCCAGAGGCCGCUGGGCUACAGCAUUAUGGUAGCCCCCCCCCCAAUUAUAAAUGUCAAAUUUCGUUUUUGUCUUCUUAUUGAUAUGCUAAUUAACAUUUUAAACACUUUUCUGCGUAAAAUGUUAAUGUAAGUGAAUAUACCUCUUUGCCAGAUGGUGGCGCUUGUGGAACAGCAGAAUUAUAGCCUUUACAUACAAUAAAUUAUAUGAAAAGAAAGUGCCAUUAGAACUUUCCUGGCUGAAAUGUGAGUUUACAGGUAUGAUUUAAACACCAUAAAUUACACAAAAUAUUCAUUAUUCAUCAUCAGUAGAUUGAAACACAAGUUGGCAUAUAUGUGAGCUAUUUGGUGACUGCUAACUGCGUUUUUUUCAUUUUGAAACAUGCCAUGCUCGUGUUUGAUUAAUUAAAUCAUAGCCGUUUAAAGUAUAAUGAUCACAUUUAAGCAAUAAGGUUUCUGUUUUUCCAUCCCCAGAUUUAAAAUUAAGACUUUGAAGCAGCACCUCUGAUGGAACAUAGUGACUGAAUCUAAAACCUUCAGCUGACACACAGAUUAUAUCUACACAUUUGUAAAUUACUGAAGUUGCACUGUAUGACAUUACAGAAAGUUGUCCGGUCCAGUUCCUUUCACAUAGCAGCUGUGUUACAUGUUAAGCUGCACAUUAUAGAGCCUGGUCUCCGACAGCUUAUCAGAAUUGCCGUCCCGGUAAUUUAGAUUUGAUUAGAUUAGAUUAGAUUCAACUUUAUUGUCACUGCACAUACAAGGUACAAGGCAACGAAAUGCAGUUAGCAUCUAACCAGAAGUGCAAUAAGCAGUAAGUACAGAAUAUACAAGGU